AUGAAACGAAAAUUGGUGACUGACUAUUUCCCUUUAGCUAAGAAGCCAGUAGAAUGCAUGAUACUUGACAAACUGAAUACGCAAUCUAUGCUACAAAAAUUACUAGGCGAUUCUUGGUAUGAAGUAUUGGAGACUGAAGUUAGGAAGAGCUACUUCGUUCAGCUUUGGGAGAUGAUAGCCAAAGAGAGGGAUAAGACCAAUGAUAUUUACCCGCCGGAACAUUUGGUAUUCAAUGCGUUCUCAAAGACACCGUUUAAUCAUGUAAAAGUUGUGAUUGUUGGACAAGACCCAUAUCACCAACCAAAACAAGCAAUGGGUUUGUCAUUUUCAGUUCCCAAGGGAAUUGCAAUUCCCCCAAGUCUACGCAACAUUUUUGCAGAAAUUGGAAUAAGUUCUACUCAUGGAGAUCUCACUAAUUGGGCAAAACAGGGAGUGUUUCUUCUAAAUUCAUUACUCACCGUCGUUCGCGGUUCCCCUAUGUCGCAUGCAAAAUAUGGUUGGCAAGAAUUCACAGAUUGCGUAAUUCACACGCUGAAUACUCGGCGUUCGAAUUUGGUAUUCCUUCUUUGGGGCCAGCCUGCGGCUAAAAAGUGUUCAAAAAUUGAUCGCGCCAAGCAUCUAGUUCUCAUGGCUGGACAUCCAUCUCCCUUGUCUUACAAACUAUUCAAAGGAUGCAAUCAUUUCCAAAAGGCAAACGAUUAUCUCAAGGAUCAUAAUAUUACCCCUAUAGAUUGGGCAUCGCUAUAA